UUCAACCCCGUCUCCCCUCCAUUCACUCGCCACUCCUCGCUGCGCUGCGCAGUUACACCCACCAAACGCACACGAGGGGAGGCAGUGAUCGGCGCCGUGGCGGCGAGAUGGCGGCGGCGGCGACGAUGACGUGGCACGAGGAGCUGGCCACGCUCGUCGGCGACACGGGCGUGCGCCUCCCUGCCGUGGCCGGGGGCGCGGCGCCGGCGCCCAAUUCGGCGGCGGCGGUCGGGGGCGGCUGGUACGGGGAGGAGGAGGAGGGGAAGGUGGAGGAGGGAUGGGCGCAGCAGGCGAGGGGCUUCGCCGAGUCCACGGCGGAGAUGCUGCGGGAGCUGGGCCUCGGGGUGUGGGACGUCGCCGCGCAGAGCCUCGCCGGCGCCGAGGACAGCGAGCUCGCGCGGCGGCUGCGGCGGCCGGCGGCGGCCGCGGGCAAGCGCCUCAGCUUCAUGAACGAGUACCUCCCCGAGGACCGCGACCCCGUCAGGUGCUGGGUCGUCGUUGCCGCCGUCGCAUUCGUCGCGCUCCUCGUGUUAGGUGUAGGAAGUAGCGAUGAUACCCCAGUGGAGCAACCGAAGAAACUUUACAUAAGCCCCCCAAAUGCUAAAAGAUUCCAACUUCCUGAUGGACGGCAUCUGGCUUACGAAGAAAAAGGAAUUUCAGCUGACAGGGCAAGAUUUUCACUGGUUGCUCCCCAUUCAUUUCUUUCGUCAAGGCUAGCAGGAAUCCCUGGAAUCAGCUCAUCCCUUCUAGAGGAAUUUGGGGCACGACUUGUGACCUAUGAUCUUCCUGGUUUUGGUGAAAGUGAUCCUCAUCCAGGCCGAAAUCUGAAUUCUUCUGCAUUAGACAUGCUUCAUUUGGCCGAUGCCCUUGGGAUUGUGGACAAGUUCUGGGUUGUAGGCUAUUCUGGAGGUGGCAUGCAUGCUUGGAGUGCUCUGCGCUACAUUCCUGACCGGGUGGCAGGUGCAGCAAUGUUCGCCCCUAUGGCAAAUCCAUAUGACUCCAAGAUGACCAAGGAUGAGAAACGUAAAAUAUGGGACAGAUGGUCAACUAAACGAAAACUAAUGCACAUUUUAGCUCGGAGGUUCCCAUCACUAUUACGCCUCUUCUAUCACCGAAGCUUCCUUUCUGGAAAGCAAGGACAGCCUGAGAGUUGGUUAUCAUUGUCAACGGGAAAGAAGGAUAAAACUUUACUGGAAGCUCCUACAUUCAACACAUUCUGGGAAAAGGAUGUUGCAGAGUCUGUGCGCCAGGGAGAUGCGCAGCCAUUUGUCGAGGAAGCUGUGCUGCAAGUAUCUGAUUGGGGUUUCAGCUUGUCAGAUAUUCAAAUGCAGAAGAAAGAGGAUCAGGGAGUAUUUGAAUUUAUGAAGUCUCUGUUCAGUCAGGCUGAACGAGAGUGGGUGGGAUUUCUGGGCCCAAUCCACAUUUGGCAGGGAAUGGAUGACCGGGUGGUGCCCCCGUCGGCGACCGAGUUUGCCAGGAGGAUGGUUCCAGGAGCCACUGUCCACAAGCUUCUCGACGAAGGCCACUUCUCAUACUUCUGUUUCUGCGACGAGUGCCACCGGCAGAUAUUCUCCACCCUGUUUGGCACCCCGCAGGGCCCUCUCAAUCCGGCACCGGAAUCCAGUGAAGUGGCCCCGGAACCGGCGGAAGAAACAAGCCCUGCAUACGAAGAAGUUGCAGAGCAGGAGCAGGAAACAUCAGGGCUGGCCUGACCAUGUUCAGCCUCAGGAUCAUGAGUAUAGAUACAAGAGUACAACAAGACUGUUACUAGUAGGAACCUCAAAGAAAAGAUAGGCUUUUCCUUCCUUGCCGCCAGUGGAGAAAUGCUGACCGAUUAGGCGGACUGAGUAGAGCGUCGAGUAUAAAACGAAGCUCUGGGUCUGUGUCUGGGUGGGGGGCUGCACCGAUUGUGCUGGUUCAGUAUAAUGUACAGGAAAAGUCUUGAAAGGUCUGCGCAAAAAAUCACCUGCUUGGUGCGCCGCUAGCGUUCUCUCUCGAUAUUGACAUUCGAUUCGGUUGGCCUGUGACGACGCGACGCCCUUGCAUGCCUAUUCUGCGCAUUUGCUUAGCAUGCCGUGUAAUGGGAUGGUUGGUUGUAUUGCUCUCUCAGCUAUGCAGAAGUCUUUGCUGUGCCAGCCUUCCUGAUUCUGGAAAUAUAGCACUUGCUUCAUCUGUAA